GCGUCCUAUCUUAUAUCUAGCGAGUCCACCCUUUUUCAAAUAAGAACAAUAUCGAGUUAAUGAGGUCUGCUUCAACAGUCCACGGAAGAACAUGGAUAACAUGGACCCUAAAUUACUUCCUCGUCGAGUUAAAAUCGCUGCACUCAUAAAUGCAAAUGUGUAUGUCUUUUUGGGGAAUAUGUAUGCCUCCGGAAUUGCAACAGGCUUCGAGUCCUUAGAGGCAGACUUUCACGUUCCAUAUCAGAAGUUGUCUGACAUUCUCACCUGGGCGGUUCUUGCUAUGGGCUUGUGCAAUUUAUUCUGGAUGCCCCUUGCCAUGUGUAUCGGGAAGCGUCCUGCCGUCUUGGUGUCUAUGGUCAUGUCGCUGGGUGGGUUUAUUUGGACUUCAGUGGCUCAAAGCUAUGGAAGCUUGAUCGCAGCAAGGAUAUUUGCCAGUUUGGGAUAUGGAUCUAUCGAGUCUUUAGGCCCUAGCAUACUUGCCGACAUCUUCCACGAACACCACUAUGCGAGCGCCAUGGCCAGCUAUGCAUUAUCUCUCGCAGGAGGCUCUCAGAUCGGCCCAGUAAUCGCAGGAUACCUCGUAGGUGCCCGAGGCUGGCGCUGGUUUUUUAUCCUUUGCAUCAUCAUCCAGGCAGUGAACCUUGUCGCGUCAUUAUUCAUGCUUCCAGAAACACUAUACGAGCUGGAUGACAAUAGUCGACCACCGUCAGAUGGAGAAAAGGGCACAUCCAACCACUUUGAAGCAUACAUUGAGAGCCAACCUUCUAUGGACUAUAAUGCUUACUGGAGGGGGCUGUGGAAUAUCAGUCUGUCCAAGGCAGCUCGGCAGAGAGGUCCCCUAAAGCACUUUGCGUACCUUUUCGUCUUGCCGUUGCCGAUGCUUUUGAUUCCGGGUGUAUUCCUGGCAUCUAUUAUGUACGGUGUUGUCUUGGGAGCCGUGGUCUCUAUUUCAACACUUGAAUCCUCAAUUUUCAGCGCCCCGCCGUACUACUUCACAUCAGCCCAACUCGGCCUCUUCACCCUGAGCAGCUUCAUAGGCAUCAUCGUCGCCUUCCCCAUCGCUGGCCCGUUAACAGACUACCUCUCCCGCUGGAUGCGUAAGCGCAACAACGACAUCCACGAACCCGAACACCGCCUCCCCACCCUCAUAAUCCCCUUCCUAGCCUGUCCCGUGGGCUUAAUUGUCUUCGGCUACACAGUCGCACAUCAAGAACACUACACCCGGCCGGCAGUUGGCGCUGCCCUCGCCGCAUCAGGACUAGCGAUGGUCCCCUCCGUCAUGUUAUCAUAUAUUGUCGACUCGUACCCGGCUACAAGCGGAGAGGCGCUGGUAUUGGUAAACGCAAGCAAGAAUGUAGUUGCAUUCGGUCUAGCCAAGGGGUCAGUUUCCUGGAUGUCGAUGGAAGGCGUAGAUAAGAUGUUUUAUGAGUUUGCGGGGAUUCAAUGGGCGGUGAUGAUAUUGGGGUUGCCGCUUUAUUUCUUCGGGAGGUGGGUGAGGAGGAGGACGGGGAGGUUUGUUUAUUGA